CAAAAGGAAAUGACACUGACCAAAGUGCAACAUCAAUUGUCACUUGCACAAUAAUUCUUCAGCUGAUUCACAUUUUGGUCCCGACAGACAUCGAGAAAUGCAAAAAGCAGAGAUGACAUUCAACAGCAGCUUUGAAAAUGACUCCUAUAAUGGAAAUGAAGAUUUAAUUACAAUGUGUGAAGCUGAUGACUAUGAAAAAGUCACAGCGGUGUGCUAUGCCACUAUCUUCUGCCUCAGCCUACUUGGCAAUGGUCUCCUCCUGUGUGCCCUUACAUGCUAUGAAGACCUAAAGAGGGCCACCAACCUGUUCAUGUUCUGCUUGGCUCUGUUUGAUCUACUCUUCACCCUGACAUUGCCUUUUUGGUGUGUGGAGCUUCUCCAUCAUUGGGUCUUUGGCAACAUCGCAUGCAAGGUCGUGACUGGGGCCUACUUUGUAGGCAUCUACGGAAGUCUCAUUCUUCUGACGGCCAUGACGCUUGAUCGUUUCGUCGUCGUGGUGGUAAGAAGCGACUGGCUAACACGGAGUCGAAGGCUCGUAUGUUCAAAAGUCGCAUGUGCUUGUGCAUGGAUCAUCAGUUUGGUGGCUUGUCUGAGAGAUUCGAUGGCCUCGAAGGCAGAGAAAGUGCAUAUCGUCACCUACGCAUGUAAAACCACCACUACGUAUGACGAUAAUGUGGGUUAUUACACUCAGCUCAUUCUGCUUUUCCUCUUACCGUUUGCGGUUAUUGUUUUCUGCUACACCAAAAUUCUGUUAACGCUCAUGUCAACAUCCACUAGGCAAAAAUACAGGACUGUAAUAUUGGUGUUGAGCAUUGUUAUUGCGUUCUUUAUAUGCUGGGGACCAUAUCAUAUUGUCAUAGUGUUGUCGUCCUUCUAUGAUUUCUGUGAGCAUUAUCAUUUGCAUGGGGCAUUUGUCGUCAGCAGGAUUCUGGCAUUUUCCCACUGCUGCAUGAAUCCAGCAUUGUAUUUUCUCAGAAGAAAGUUCAGAAUGCUUGUGUCCAGCUUCCUAUUUUGCUCUCCUGAACUUAGGCAGUCGGGACGGUAUAGAGAAGGCACAGAUCAAAGCGACUCCCGGAUUCAUCCGUACAUGACUGAAAGGGUUCUGGAAAAUGGCGGUGUGAGACAAGCAAAUGCCACAGAGCUGAACUCAAUGUAA